AAAUAUCUACUAAAAAUAUUAUUAUAAAAAAUUAAAUAUAUUAUUUUAUUACAUCAUUUUAAAAAAUACAUUCACUUAUAUGAAUAAUCAAUUGAGUGAAUUUAUUGAAUUGUAAUGUUACAUAUGUAAUCAAAGUGUUAAUAAUUGUUAAAGUUGAAAAUUUCUAUAUAUACAUAUAUUAAUUUUCAAACUAUUGAGUACAAAUAUCAUCUUUCGAUAUUUUAAUAGUUUCUUGAGAAAUAUUUAAUAGAGUAUUUUCAAUUAUAUAAUUUUCAUUUUAUACUCCACAUUAAUAAAUUUAUCUCAACGAGUUUGAUCAAUACUGGGUGCUUGUUUCGUUAUCAUUAAAAUUUUUAUAAAGUCCAAACUGUUAUAUCUGAAUUAAUGCAGUGUAACUUGAAAAAGAAUAUAUUUAUAGAUGAAAUUUUUGGAACUUGUGAAUCUUGUUUACAAACUUUAUCUAAAAAUACUCUGACUAAUUAUCGAGAUGGUGAAACUCAAACUAUUCCUUGGGAGCCACCCAUUAUAUCCGAAAGUACUCCUGCAGUGCUUACUCUAACCAGUUUAACUUGGGAUAAUGGAUUACCUGCGGGUAUAAAUGAAUUAAAUAUCAUCAAAAAAAUUGACAUAAAAAAAGCAUGGGAACUAGUGUUACCUCCUCUUGACUCUAAAAUAAAUUUUCAAUGUUAUAAAAAUUUAAUCACAGAAAUGGAUAAAGAUAAAUGGGCAUUUCGUAAUAAAGAAUUACAGUUAACAGUAAACUCGAAACUUGAUGGGAUAAAUAAAAUAAUGAAAAUAAAAAAUUGUGAUAAAAAAAAAAAACUAAUCAUGAGACUUGAAAAGUUUUCUACAUACUUGAAUUAUUUAAAAAACAAAGAAAUAAAUCGGAUAAAAUUUGAUAUGAAUAGAGAGUUGAGAAAAUUAGGUGUUAAAUAUAGAGAGAAAAAUUUACAGCAUAAUUACUUGCAAAAAGAAGAUAAUUUAUUAAUACAUGAAAAACAAAUUAAUUUGAUACAUAAAAAAACAAUGUUUAAAAAAAAUUUUGGAACAAUUACCUCUGUCCCUAUAAAUUGCAAUAAGAUGUGUUUACGUGAGACUAGAUGGACAGAAGACAAGCUGAAGACUUUACACGUAGAUUUGAAGAGAAUACGACUGAAUCCAAUAUCAAACAAGAUAAAUUGUUUGUAAUGUGAGCAUUUUUAAUACAUUAAUGCUUUUU